AUGAAGGAUGGGGCUGAUACGAAAUGGAUUUCGGGAGAUGGUGAAGGGGAAGAUGAAAUUCACACUAUUGUCUUGAAGAAACCAGUGGAAGAGGUCACAUACUCUGUUUUGGUUGAGCGUAUUUGCAGGAAGAUAAAGGUGGAUGAAUAUAAGAUGAUAGUGAAGAUUAGUUACUUUCCAAUGGUAAUGUAUUCGAAUAAGCCAUCAUAUAUCUGUGAUGAUGAAGAAGUUUUUGGUUAUCUAAUGCAAGUAAAUCAAGAGAAUUGUAGAAGUGUUCUACAUGUGGAGCUCAGCCAAACAGAUGAUCACACUGAUUUCUAUGGCGGUCUAUCGGAUAGAGAGACUACUGAAAGAGAAGCUACUGAUAGAGAGGUUACUGAUAGAGAGGCUAUUGAUACAGAAGCUAUUGGUACAGAGGCUACUGAUACAGAGGCGAUUGAUACAGAGGCUGUUGAUGAGGAUGGUACUGAGAUGGGUGCAACUGAUAAUGAAGGUACUGGUGGUAUGCUCACUUUAUACGAAAACAUUGAGAUGCAUGAGAAUGUCACCGAAAGAGAAGCAGGACCAUCAGUUGAAGUCUCACAAGUUGUCUAUAAGGAGCGUGAUGAUGGUAUGGAUUUAGUUAUAGGUCAAGAAUUUAGAACCAAGGAGGAAGCGCAAACUCAUAUUCAGAAGGCUUCACAUCUGAAGUGUUUUGAGUAUGAGGUAAUUAAGUCGGAUAGUAAGAGAUAUGUGAUAAAAUGCCGAGGAGAAAAAGAAGGCUGCAAGUGGCGUGUGCGUGUUGCAAAGUUAACGAAUUCAGAUCGUUGGACUGUUAGAACUUACAUUAAGCAGCAUAGAUGUUCUGUUGUUACCACAAGAACACUGCCUAAUAGAAGGAGAGGCACACAAGAAAUUGUUGCAUCUGUUUUGGCCCAAGAUUAUCCCGGCAGUUUUGACACACCACGUCCCAAAGCUUUGAUGGACUUGGUUCAUCGCAGGGUUGCUGUGCAAGUGUCAUAUACAACAGCAUAUAGAGGAAAAAGACUAGCUGCUAAUAAAGUGCGUGGAACUCCUGAAGAGAGUUAUUCUUUAUUAUAUUGUUAUAUGCACGUGCUGGAGCAGGUGAAUCCUGACACAAUAACUCGUGUGGUUGUGGAUGAGGGCAAAAAAUUUAAGUAUCUGUUUUGGGCUUUGGGAGCUAGCAUAGAAGGAUUCCGCGCGAUGAGAAAAGUUCUCGUUGUAGAUGCAACACACCUGAAGACUGUUUAUGGUGGAGUGUUAUUUAUUGCAACUGCUCAAGAUCCCAAUCAUCACCACUACCCAAUUGCGUUUGGUGUUGCAGAUGGUGAGAAAUAUGAGAGUUGGCUAUGGUUUAUGGAACAGUUGAAAUCAGUGAUAUCUGAUGUCCCUGGAUUGGUGUUUCUUUCGGACAGAAACAAAGGGUUGAUCAAGGCAGUGCGUCUAGUGUUCCCUCAGACUUACUAG